AUGGAAGAGGUUCUCAGCUCUCAUCUCAACAUCUCUGCAGGCCUACUGCCUCCCUCAGUGAUGCUGCCCCCCCGCCGCCUGCAGACACUGCUGAAGCAGGCCGUUGAGCUGCAGAGGGAGCGCUGCCUUUAUCACAACACCAAGCUGGACAGACUCGACUCUGUGUCCCUGCUCCUGGACCACGCCUGUAGCCGGAAACAGUUCCCCUGCUACACCCAGCAGAUUCUAACUGAACACUGCAACGAAGUCUGGUUCUGCAAAUUCUCCAACGACGGCACAAAACUGGCAACCGGGUCCAAAGACACCACAGUCAUCGUGUGGCAAGUUGACAUGGAAACCCUGCAGCUGAAAUUGUUAAAGACUCUGGAAGGUCAUGCGUAUGGUGUGUCAUACCUGGCAUGGAGCCCUGAUGAUACCUAUCUGAUAGCCUGUGGUCCUGAUGACUGCUCGGAGCUGUGGCUGUGGAAUGUGCAGACGGGGGAGUUGCGGACAAAGAUGAGUCAGUCUCACGAAGAUAGCCUGACUAGUGUGGCCUGGAAUCCAGAUGGCAAACGCUUCGUCACCGGCGGUCAGAGAGGCCAGUUCUACCAGUGUGACUUGGAUGGAAACCUGCUGGACUCGUGGGAGGGAGUUCGGGUGCAGUGUCUGUGGUGUCUGAAUGACGGCCGGACCGUACUUGCAUCCGACACCCACCAACGCAUCCGAGGAUACAACUUUGAAGACCUGACAGACAGAAACAUAGUGCAGGAGGACCAUCCCAUCAUGUCUUUCACUGUUUCCAAAAAUGGAAGGUUAGCGCUGCUCAAUGUUGCCACCCAGGGAGUGCACCUAUGGGACUUGCAGGACCGGGUGCUGGUGAGGAAAUACCAAGGGGUCACCCAGGGCUUCUACACCAUCCACUCCUGCCUGGGAGGUCACAAUGAAGACUUCAUCGCCAGUGGUAGUGAAGACAACAAAGUUUACAUCUGGCACCGGCGUAGUGAGCUGCCCAUUGCAGAGCUCACUGGUCACACCCGCACGGUCAACUGUGUGAGCUGGAACCCCGUCCUGCCGGGACUACUGGCGAGCGCAUCAGAUGAUGGAACCGUCCGAAUCUGGGGGCCCGCCCCUUUCCUGGAUGUCCCGGAUGCAGAAGGGCUCAAUGAAUGCAGCAGUAUGGACAGCUGAUGAUCUUCUGGUGCUCUGAACCCAAGGAGCGCUAAGACUCUGUAGACACUUGAAUGGAUGAAGUGGGGGGGAAGCUUUAUGAUUGGACAGCUGCCUCCUGGAGGCGGAGCUGCUUGUGCUCCAUGUCAGGAUGUCACAGCUCAUCAGCUCUCGGACUCCGUCACACUAUUGAGAGCAGAUCCGUUCUAGUAAUAGCUGGGCUCGAGGACAUCCAGAAUCUGACCCAUCACCCCUUCCUCCUCCUCGUGUAUGGACCCAUUCCCUCAGCACCAUCCAGGACCACCUUUAGCAACCUGCUCUUAUUUAUUAUCAGCUACAUUAUUUUAUUUAUUCUUGAGUAGUGCUUGGCUGUGACGUAGCAGCACCUGGUGGAGGGUGCGUGUUCUUCGUUCGGUCCUCAGUCUGAGCUGCUCACCUUAAGAAUGUUCAGCUCUUUCCCCCUCCCACCUCCUGAACCUAUGAAGAAAUUUAACCUGCAGGAACAUUUGAAGGCUGAAAUAACCACUUGAAGAGAAGGAUUUUUUUUAAUGCAAAAUUCUACGUUACGUUGUCUUUUUUUUAAUGAGGAACACAAUGUUUUUUUCCCUCUGGCUUUCCUGCGUUUAGCCAGAGAAAGAAUAUUCUUUGACUAGCAUGUUACACAGGACUGCACACGACACCAUGAUCCAUGGCAACUUCAUGCAGUGUCAGUGGACGGCUGCAUACAGCUGCUGAUGUGUUGAGACCUAUAGCGUUAGAAGGAUGAUCUGUCAACCCUUACCUCUGCAUAUGGAUUAUCUGAGUGUUGUCUCCUGUUGCUCUGCGUGGAUUUCCUCUUGAUUUUUUGAUUCUGGCUUCACUUCCAUUUCUGUUUCACUCAUUAUAUCAAUUUAUUUGCAUUUGGUUUAGUUGUCACUUGUUCCAAGUUUCAUUUACCACACCGUGUUUGUGUUUUUAUUUUCUGUAUGUGGAGCUAUAACAUUUAAGAAGACACUCUCUGAUUUAUUAAUGUUACCAGUGGAGCCCCAAACCCCAGUUCAACUUUUUCAGAAGAUAAGACUGGUGUUAUUCUCUGUAUUCUAUUGACAAAUAAUUCUGUAAAAAUAGACCAGAAGCAUCCAUGUGUUUCUCAAAACGUUACAUCUGCCUCCCUCUGUCUGUGGCUCUCAGCUCUGAAAGCCAACUUGUUUCUCCUGUCGAUGUGAACUUUUUUGAAACACCUCAAAAACAUCUGCUUGAUAGUUACAUUCAAACAAAGUUUGUUAGGGUCAGAACGAUCAUUACAUUUUCAGAAUCCACAUGGACUCAUCUGCAGGAUGGUCUGUGUGACUCAAGAUAAACUAGUUUGUGACAGUGUGUUCGUGGUGAUGUAACAGUGUUGUUGGAAAUAACGGAGCUCUGUGGUUCAGAGGAGUAACUAUCAGGUCAUAGAACACAAACACACACACACACUCAGAUUCAGUGACUUUUGGUCUGCACCUGAGAUUUUCUUUCAGGAUGAAACGACAAAGAAAGCAAGAACAUUUGAGCAUUAUCCUCCGAGGUCAACACAUCACAGUGAGCUGAGAGGACAAUAUCAGAUUCCUUAAUCACACAUUUGUACACAAGUGUAACAUAAAGUUAUUAUGUACUUCUACAAAGUGUUUCAGAGAAUCGAAAAAAGAAAAAACUUGCUUGAUACAAUAUUCGAUGUAAUAUGUGCUGUAUAUUUGUAUGUUAUGGCAUGUAUUAUGAGACUGUGUACAAUGGCAGACAGGAUGAUGUGUUUUUCAGGGUUCCCGCACCUGCUGUUGUUUUUUUUAAGAAUCCAGCUGCUCUUCAUCAGCAGUAUUUUUCAUCAGAUUUUCUUAAAUGUACGACUGUUGUAAUAUAAAGCCCUGACUUCACAUUUACACCUGUACACCAACUGACACAGGUGUUUUGACUUUCAUAAACCAGAGUGCAGCCACAUUCACAUUUCACUCUGCUCAUGUUCCCAAGAUGUCCCCAAAAGACUGGUUUUUCUUCCCAGUCCUGGAUGAUAACUGCAGGAUAGAGUGGGGACUGUGGGGACCCUGUUUAUCUGCCCAGGCACCAUCACAGCCAGCACCAGCUUCUACUCUUCUAACACAGAACAUGCACACACAGUGGCCCUCAACAAUAGAUGUCACACACAUACACACACUUACAUUUGAGUGAAUCACAGUUGUGGUGUUCUAGCUUCUGCUUCUGCUACUUUCUUGAGUUUGUUUAUUCUUAGUAUUUCAGGCGUCUCUUCUUUUCUCUUUUUGCUACAAGAAGCCAAAGUAGUAACUUUUUGCUUGCAGGCAGUCUCUGCCAGGAACCAUUUUACAUUUUAAAUGUGUUAUUACAAAAGGUGAUUGAACUGUUCUGUACUGUUCUGUAGGAGACAUGCUAUGUAUGAAUAUUUUAAAUAAAGCAUUCAGGGUUUUAAAA